ACAGUUACCAUCACCUUCGCAAACACACCGCUGGAAAGAAUGGAGGAAACUAACACUGAACUCUCCCCUUCUAAAACCCUAAGCCCAACCAACGGUCAAGAUUCCAUCAUCCAAUCGAAUCUAACGGCUACGAACGAACCUGAAAAUCAGAUCCCUGAAGCUGAACAUCAAAGCGACGUCGUUGCAGGGGAGAAACGCAAGAGGGACGACGACGAAGCUGGAGAAAGCGUUGACGGCGGCUCCGGCGCCAGCGGCGAAGAUCGUUCGCUCCAUCCGCUGUGGAAGACCAGCCUCUGUUCCUACUUCAGGCGCCAUGGCAACUCCUGCAGCCACGGAACCGCGUGCCGCUUCGCGCACGGCGAGGAGGAGCUUCGCAUUCGGCCUGACAACACGUGGGACCCGACGUCGGAGCGAGCGAAGAAGGCGCUGAAGUCCGAGAACGGCGAGAGGUGCGGCGUUUCCGAGGAAGUGAUGAUGACUGAGGCAGUCGUUGACGACGACGAUGGUGGCGAUGAAGAAAACGGCGGUUCCGGCGGAUCCAACCACGCGCUUAGCAAGUGCUUGGUGCAUUUGCCGAGGAAGUGGUGCUCUGAUAAUCUGAGGAGUUUUCUCAAUGAUGCGGGUAUACGAUUUAAGCAUGCAAAGAAGAAGAAAGGCAUGAUGGUAGGUUUCGUUAGUUUUGAAGAUGAAGAACAAAUGCAGAGUUCAUCAAAGGAUCUAGAAGGAAAAUCGAUUGGGAAUAAAAGAUUGAAGGUUGCAGAUGUUAUUCCUAGAUCGUUUGAAAAGAACAGUAACUCCAAUGCUGGUUCAGUUGCUACAUUGGAUGAGGAGAAUGCGGGGGUCAAUGUCGAUCCAAAUGUGACGGUGGAAGCUGGAGCUAACAGUGAUAAUUUGGCAGCCAAUGGUUCAUUGUCAAAGACAAAGAAUUUGCGAGAUGUAGUGACUCCUCUAGCUCAUAUGGCUUAUGCUGAUCAGCUGGAGCAGAAAAAGAACUCUAUCAUGCACAUGCUCAAAAAACUUACUAGAAAUGCUCGCAAAGCUUGUCCAAAUGGUGUUUCUUUCCCUGACUGGAUUGUCAAGUCUAGGGAAAUAGGUGGUCUUCCGUGCAACCUAGAGGGUAUUAUUGCAUCACCUAUUGUAAAUGGAUAUCGUAACAAGUGUGAAUUUUCAGUUGGUUAUUCUCUUGAAGGCAAAGUUACAGUUGGCUUCAUGCUUGGAAACUUCAGGGAGGGUGUAACUGCAGUUGAAGAAGCAGUGGACUGCCCCAAUGUUUCUACAAUUGCUGGCAAAUAUGCUACUAUCUUUCAGGAAUUUCUGCAGCAAUCUGAUUUACCAGUCUGGAACAGAUUUAAAAAUUCCGGAUUUUGGCGUCAAUUGACGGUUCGAGAGGGGAGGACAAAUGGGAAUGUUGCUGAUGCUGAAAGUUUUGGUAGUAUUGCAGAGGUCAUGCUAAUUGUGCAGGUUUCUACUGCUGGUUUUGAUGACACAAAAGUAUCUGGUGAAUUUAAGAGGCUUGCUCAGGCAUUUGCUGUGGGAGCUACUUCACAUGGUCCAACGUUGCCUCUCACAGCUCUGGUUGUACAGGAUCACCAAGGAAUAUCCAAUGUAGCACCAGCUGAUGCACCACUGCGUUUGCUUCCCAUCCGUAAAACAGGUGACCUUGAGAUGGAUGAAAACGCAGAUGCCAUGGAUGUAAGAAUCCAUGAUUAUAUAAGCAAUCUCCGUUUCUCUAUAUCUCCAACAGCAUUUUUUCAGGUCAACACUCUUGCAGCUGAGAAGUUAUACUCACUUGCUGGAGAUUGGGCAUGCUUAGGUCCUGAUACAUUGUUGUUUGAUAUAUGCUGUGGGACAGGAACCAUUGGUCUAACAUUAGCACAUCGAGUUGGUAUGGUGAUUGGCAUUGAAAUGAAUGCUUCUGCUGUAGCUGAUGCUCAUAGGAAUGCUGAGAUUAAUGGCAUAAAAAAUUGCAAAUUUAUAUGUUCAAAGGCAGAGGACGUGAUGGGAUCUCUGUUGAAGGAAUACCUAAAUGUGCCUAAGGAACAAGUUGAUGACCCUAAAAUCGCUGAAAGUAGCAAUGAUAUUUCUGAGUGUGGUGAUCUCCAAGAGCCUGAGAAUGUUCAAAGUUCCGAAAAUAGCAACGCAGAAGUUGGAAGUGAGGUUCAGAAUUGUAGCGGUUCUGAAAACGGGAAUACUUCUGCACAAAAUAGCUCUGAAGGUCCUAAUACUUCCGCACAACACUUUAAGAAUGUCGUCGCCAUUGUUGAUCCUCCACGUGCAGGACUUCAUCCCACUGUGCUUAAAGUUUUGAGAACUCAUUCACGCCUCCGCAGGCUCGUUUACAUAUCCUGUAAUCCUGAAACUUUGGUGGCAAAUGCUAUUGAGCUUUGCACUCCAUCUCCCAUAAAAAUCGAGAAAGGAAAUAAAGACAACAGAGGAUGGAGAAACAUGAGCAGUGCUGGUCUAGCAAGGCAUAGAGCCAAGUCUAUGCCCAUCUCAGAGGCCUUCCACCCUGUAAAAGCCAUGGCUGUUGAUCUUUUUCCACAUACUCAACACUGUGAAUUGGUUAUGCUACUUGAGAGGUAACUGGACCAGUCAGCAUCAUGGUUUAGGCUUUUUUUUAAUUUGGUAGGUUCUCCAACUUAUUCUGCCGACAUUUUUUUGGGGUGGCAUUGAAUACUAGGUGGUGGGUGUUACUAUAUGUUUGAUCUUGCUUACUUUGAAUCAAAACCUUCAACAUUAAAAAUUAUGUUUCCUUUUUGCUGCAUGUAUCAUGAAGUACUAUCUGCGUGGAGAUUUUCUAUAGUUUUAUUACUGCAUCUUCAAAGUCAUUGUUUAAUCCUAA